AUGGCGGAGAACAAGCGGCAGGGUUCAGUGAAGGCCUCUGCGCAGAAGCAACCUGGCCACGUAGUAGGCCCCGGGAUGGCGACACCCUUGGUGCCCUUGGAGGCAGCUUUGAGCGGGGCGAUCGGUGCCCGUGUUCGUCUCACCACUGCGCAGCCCACGCAAUCGAUUAUCGAAGGUACAAUCUUCACAGCAUGCCCGAUCACCAACCUCGUGGCCAUCAACACGGCCCCCGCGCCCAACCCCGGUGACGCCAAAUCAGCACAAAACGGUGACUACCGUGUGAUUCCCAUCUCGCGCAUCCAGAACUUCCAGGUUCUCGCCCUUGCGCCACCCUCGAACUCCACCUCUGCCUCGUUUGCGGAUGCACAGCCUACCAUCCAGGCGCUCGACACUCGUGCGCUCAAGGCCCGUGAGGCAAAGGCUGUUGGUGAAGCACUUGAACGUGAGGCGCGUCGUGGUAAGGGCGUUACUCCUCUGGCCCAAGAUCUUUUCGAUGCCUUUAGUCGCACUAUGCCUGCGCGGUGGAACGGCCACAACAUUAUCGUCGCUGAUGCUGUGACAAUCGCUGCUCCGUACCGCGUGGAUGACUGCCGUCCGCUCGUGGAGGGUGAUACAGCCGCUCUUUUCCGAGUGCGCAAGGUGCUCGAGAUGGAGCGCAAGAAGAUCGAGUUGCGUAAUGCUAGCGCUACCAUUGGAUCUACUAGCACCUUUUCUCGUCACUCCAAUGUCCCCGGCGAUCAACGCAAAGGGGGAUAA